AUGAAGCUCACUUCCAUCCUCCCCGCCACCCUCCUUGCCGUCGGCAUCACCGCGCUGCCCGUUGAGAAACGCAGCAGCACAGGCUUCAGUGCCAUUGCUGCACGCUCUGGCUCGCCCAUCCAUCUGCUACCCAUCAAUGCUGCCGGCUCUGGUCUGUACGUGGGCGGCUCACCGUCAACCUACUGCCCAGACAUGGUCGACCCUUGUCCGCCGGGCAACGAGACCGUCUUUGCGAAUGCAUUCAAUCUGCUAUAUCAGUACGUCGAAGUCCCCGGUGGUCAAGCUCUCUUCGUCAAAUCCAGCGGCGCCGUAUCCUACACCAGCCCGCACUCAAUCUCCAUGCCUAGCGGAUCCCAACAAGGUCCCUUUGACUGGGUCAAGGGCUCGCCGUUUGGCAGAUAUACUACCACUAGCUUCGGCGCUGACGGCUUCAUGGCCUGUCCCGAUUACUCGACCAACACUACUGCCUGGCAGGUGUUUGCCGCUAUUAAGAAUGCUACUGUGCCCACGGGCAAUGUCGAGGAUUGCUUGGGUUUUGAUGCUCUGACCACUCCGUACUCUGGCAGCAUUCCUACGUGGGAGUAUGUUUAG